CUCUUUCUUCUUUUCUUCCUUCUCUUUCAUCAUUUUCAUUGUUCUGCUCGCCACUCUCGGUUCUUCUCCAACGACCAUUCCCAUUGCGGGUAACAUUUUUCUAUCUCCCUCUCUCCUACACUCGCUUUCACUGCGCUUUAUCUCGCUGUCGCUUCUUCUCGUCGACUCCCUCGUUCAUUCGAUCGCGUGUCUAUUCGUAUUGCUCCGGCGGUGCCCCUCCCCCUUAUCAGUGACUAUACUGUAACGUUCGAUCAGCUGCCCGCAGCUGUUGUCGUCAUCACCACCAUGGCGUUCAGUCUCUUUGGAAACAGAGAGAGCGCUAGUUACGCCAAAUACUUCAACAUCCGAUUGGACGAAGAUUACAUUGUCUUCCGCGGAAGCGAACAUGAAGCCGCCAGCGCCCAUCUCACCGGUCGUCUUUUGCUCUGUCUCUCAGAACCCCUCACUAUCAAACAUCUCCGGUUACAUUUAACGGGAAUUUCGCGUGUCUGUUGGCAUCUUCCAUCGUCUUCCGCCGGCGGCGGCCGGAAGAACUGGAGGGAAAAGUCAUUCUACGAAAAGACAUGGCGAUUCAGGGAACCCGGUAAAGGCAAGACCGAAACACUCCGCGCCGGCAAUUACGAAUACCCCUUCGAUGUCGUCCUCGAGGGCUCUCUGCCGGAGAGCAUUGAGGGGUUGACCGAUACAUAUGUGACGUACCGGUUCAAGGCGGAGAUCAAUCGAAAAUAUGCGAAGGAUAUUGUUGUUCGCAAGCCGCUACGGAUCAUCCGGACAUUGGAACCCAGCGCGCUUGAGCUUGCGCAUGCAAUGUCGGUGGAAAACAUUUGGCCGAACAAGAUCGAAUACUCGAUUACCACACCCACGAAAGCCGUCAUUUUCGGUACCAAUAUCCAAAUCGAAUUCAAAUUAAUACCCCUCCUUAAAGGUCUCCGCAUUGGACAAAUUGUCUCGCAACUUGUCGAGACUCACGAUCUCACCCUCAACCCCGACGACCCCGAAUCCUUCCGCAAUUCGUACAAGAACACAAGGACAAUUGUCAGCGACGAGCAUGAGUUUGAUCCGGACAACGACCUGGAAAUCCUUGACGAGUCUGUCGAAGGCUAUCAAUUCUCGCGCAAUCUCGUUCUGCCCAAGACCCUUGCGAAGUGUCUGCAAGAUACGGACACUAGAGGCAUUAAGAUCCGGCACAAGCUCAAGUUCCGACUCCAGCUUCAUAAUCCCGAUGGUCAUGUUAGCGAGCUACGCGCGACGCUCCCUGUUUCGGUCUAUAUCUCCCCCAACCUGCCCUUCGACGACGAGAACAACCUGGUCGACCAAAGCCCUCAAAUGGCGGAGAGGGCUAUCCAAGAUAGCGCUCGACAAGCACCCCCGUUGUACGGCGAGCACCAGUUCGAUCAGCUCUACAGCGAUGUCGAUCCCAGUGGUUACCGGACCCCUGGUCCGAUGAGUAGCCCGGGUACGCCAUUUGGCUCGCUCAGUCGCAACUUGUCAGCGGAAAACCUAGCUUCGAUGAAUGCUUUGACCAACAGCGAUAUCUCUGCGUCGGCUUUGCACCAUCGUCUGGCAAACCUCCGCGCCAACCGACUCAGUCAGGUCAGCCAUCUCACGCCGUCAGAGCCGGAGAACCACCAUGACUCGCGAUUAGGUGUUCCUCAAGAUUACUUUGGUCCUUCGUCCGGGUCGACCUCUCACACUCCGGCAAGUCCCGUGCUGUCCCGACGGGCUUCUGACGAGGGUGAGCACGAGCACUUCCACCACCCGAUUCCGUCGGGCAUGGCUACGCCGUUCCAUCCUCACUCUUCAGAGCUCGAGACCCUGAGUCGCGUUCCCAGUUACGACACGGCCAUGCGGUCAAACAUACAUCUACGGAGACACGAUCCCCUUCCCGACUACAACACCGUGGUUGCUAGCGACGUUCACACCCCAACCCCUCCGCAAUCGCCGCAGCGGGCAUACGUUCGGGAUUCGGCUCGCGGGUCGUCGGAAAACCAAUGUCCGACGCUGGAGGUGCCACAACGACCUCUAUUCCAAUCUCGCUCACCCAGCCAGAUGGAUGAUGCGGACCGCAACCUGCGCGUCUUUCAGGCUCGGGCCUAAAAUUUUAUACAUCUACCUAAUAUGCAUCAUUCUGUGGAGCCUACCCAGGAGGUUCACUCUGAUUUCACCAGCAUGAGGAUGCGGGUCAUCUUCACAUGAUUAGACGGAAGGAAUUCUCCUCUUCAUUAUCUCUCCAUUUACGUUUUUGGGAUUGGCGUUCUACCAUAUAGACGGAUAUUUUGAAAUUUUGGUUUAAGGGGUCGGGUUUGGUUUCGGAUGACGGGAACGAUACAACGCCAGCAGUGCAUACAUUGACUGGCCCGCAUGAGUUACGUUUUUUUUUUUUUUUUUUUAAUGUAUUUU